AUGAUGAUCAUCAUGAGAGUCAGGGACGAGGAGCUCACUCAGAAACUCAUUGCCCUGGACGCUGCAGCUUCAUUGGCCACCAUGGUUAACAAAUGCCGCUCCUAUGAGGCCACACGGACAGCCACUACCGCCAUACGUGCCCCUCCUUCUAAAUUGUGUGCCGUCUCCACGUAUAAAAAAAUCAAAGGACAUGGCAACAGGGGUUCUCACUCGCUACCAACCCCUAACAAGGACACUUUAUGCCCUUCCUGCACAAGGAAGCACAGCUCAACAGGAAAGUGCCUAGCCAGCGACAGUGUAUGUGUAAACUGUGGCUGCAAAGGACACUGGCGCAGGACCCCAAAGUGCCUCGCCAACAAGGCCACAUGCAGACACUGUGGCCGAGUGGGCCACUAUGACAAUUACUGCUGUCAGCAGAUGAAUGCCAAUCAGGGCAGCCCGCCCAAUGCCACACCCCCUUCUAGCAAGCCCUCUAACUGUCGCAAGGUCGAGACCCCUUCUUCAUCAACUGACUCCUCACCACCACCUAUAUCCAUCUCCCUCACCUACAGGGGUGAGACUUCGAAGUUAAUGAUGCUGCCUGACACAGGAGCUGAUGUAUCAGUGAUGGGCCCCCAGCACUUAGAACUCCUUCAUAUUCCCAGGUCUGAGCUACAGCCUCCUGCCACAUCAGUGACACUCACGGCAGAUGGGUCAAAGAUGACACUGGCUUUAGGAACCCUUAAGGCCACCUUGUCCUUGGCCAAACGGUCCUGCCUUGCUACGAUUCAAGUCAACGAAUGCAUUCAGAUGCCACUCCUGUCCUAUGCGCUCUGCAAGGAGUUGGCCAUCAUCCCGCCAGGAUUUCCACAGCCCAUCCUACAGGCCACUCACGUUAAUCGAUGUAAGGAGCUACCCCUGCAUGCUGACAUGACCCCUGCUGAAGCCCGAGAAUAUUUCUUACAAACCUUUCAGGACGUACUCGUGUCAAAGGAAGACCUUAAAGCAGCUCCACUGAGGCCAAUGGCAGGCCCUCCCAUGAAAAUCCACCUUAAGGAAGACGCGGUCCCUUUCGCCAUCCACACCCCAAGGCAGAUACCCUACGCUUUCUGUGAACCUGUCAAGAAUGAACUAGACUCCAUGGUACAACAGGGAAUCAUUAAGCCUUGUGGAGAUGAGCCAUUGGAAUGGUGCCACCCUCUAGUCGUUGUCCCUAAGGCCAAGGGAGUUCGAAUCAUGGUGGAUCUCACGAAGCUGAACGCACAAAUCUCCCGUCCACCCCACCCUUCACCCACACCCUUAGCUGCUGUCCGCACUAUCGACUCCACCGCCAAGUUCUCCACCACCGCGGAUGCUCUACAUGGCUACUGGCAGAUGGAGCUAGCAGAAGAGGACCGCCACCUCACCACUUUCAUUACGCCUUAUGGAUGCUUCCAGCAUUGCCAGGGACCUAUGGGUUUCGCUGCCACUGGUGAUGCCUAUUGUUACUGUGGUGACCUAGCUCUCCAAGGCAUGAAGAAGUGUGUCAAGGUUGUUGAUGACAUUCUCAUCUUCAAUGAAGACCUACUGACACACUACCACAGGAUCCAUGAAUACUCACUGCUGUCACAAAAAUGGCAUCACUCUCAACAAAGAAAAGUUCACAGUGGCAGAGACCAGAACCGAUGCAUCUCGCCUCUACGGGAUAUGCCACGCUCUCCUCCAGGACCAUGGAUCUGGACAUCUCUGAGUAGUCCAGUGCGAUCCCAAUUUCUCGCAGAUGCCGAAACGAGGUAUGCAACGAUUGAACUGGAGAUGCUUGCAGUAUCUUGGGCCCUCACAAAAAGCUGCUUAUACCUCAAAGGACUGCCAACCUUCACCCUGCAAACUGACCAUCGCCCAUUGGUGCCCAUCAUCAACAGCUACACGCUAGACAUGGUUGAAAACCCACGGCUCCAGCGAAUGAAGGAGCGCAUGUCGCAAUACCAAUUUACUGCAGUGUGGUGCGCCGGCAAGUCUCUAUGCAUCCCAGAUGCACUUUCUCGUGCACCAGUCAGCUACCCCACCUCUGACCACCUCUGA